GUCAAAUAUGGCGAACAGUGUGAUAUCAAAUUGACACAUAAGAAUGUAAAUGGGGAGGUGUGUGUCGUGGUGAUUCAAUAUUUAAACCAAUAUACCAACCAUCCGUAUGAUGUAAAAGUAAAAUAUAGUGUCGGAGGUUGAUGUGCGAAGCGGUUGACCUCGGCGUACUUGCAGCCGGGGCUGAAUAUAAGGGCAUGUUAAUCGAAGAACUAUGGGUGCUCAACAGACUAAAGACAGAGUGAUUCCCACCGGGUCUGCUGUACGACAAGCUAGGAAACAGCCGCGAAACUCGAAGGAAUCCCGGCUUAUUGGAUCGAACAUAUUUACGGAACACAGCGAGGCACUGUUGCAGAGCAGACCUCUUCCUCAUAUACCAGCUUUACCCGAAGGAGAUCCACCGAGCGGUUCAAGUUCUCAAUCAAUUUCACAGCAAUCUUCAAGUCUACAGCAACACAGUAGCAUCUCCAGUGCUGGACUUCUCGAAACUGCAAAUCGAUGGACAAGCAAAGAAAAUCUAUUGGCCCAGGAAGAAGAUGAUCCACAACUAUUUGUCGCAUUGUACGACUUCCAAGCUGGUGGUGAAAAUCAACUGAGCCUCAAAAAAGGGGAACAAGUUCGAAUAUCGAGUUAUAACAAGAGUGGAGAGUGGUGCGAAGCUCACUCCAGUACUGGCCAAAUUGGUUGGGUUCCUUCUAAUUACGUAACCCCAGUGAACUCACUGGAAAAGCACUCUUGGUAUCACGGGCGGAUAUCAAGAAAUGCGGCAGAGUAUUUACUUAGUUCGGGUAUAAAUGGAAGUUUUCUAGUUAGAGAAUCUGAAAGCAGUCCUGGGCAACGCAGUAUCUCAUUGAGAUACGAGGGGCGUGUCUAUCAUUAUAGAAUAAAUGAAGACAGCGAAGGAAAGAUGUUCGUAACAACAGAAAGUAAAUUUAAUACAUUGGCUGAGCUAGUUCACCAUCAUUCCAUGUUGGCCGAUGGUUUGAUCACUCAGUUACUCUAUCCCGCCCCAAAGCAUAACAAACCUACUGUAUUUCCUCUUAGCCCAGAACCUGAUGAAUGGGAAAUAAAUCGAACAGAUAUAGUAAUGAAACAUAAAUUAGGUGGGGGGCAAUACGGCGAUGUGUAUGAAGCUUUAUGGAAACGAUAUAACAUGACAGUAGCUGUAAAAACGCUAAAGGAGGACACAAUGGCGUUGAAAGACUUUUUAGAAGAAGCAGCAAUAAUGAAGGAGAUGAAGCAUCGAAAUUUGGUACAACUGUUAGGUGUAUGUACCAGAGAGCCACCAUUUUAUAUAAUUACCGAAUUUAUGAGCAAGGGAAACUUACUCGAUUAUCUACGUAAUGAAAGCAAACACCAAAUUAACGCCGUUGUUCUGAUGCAUAUGGCUACGCAAAUAGCAAGCGGUAUGAGCUACUUGGAGAGUAGAAAUUUCAUCCACAGGGACUUAGCAGCACGUAACUGCUUAGUUGGAGAAAAUCACCUGGUGAAGGUAGCAGAUUUUGGCUUAGCUCGACUCAUGAGAGACGAUACUUAUACAGCACAUGCGGGUGCCAAGUUUCCAAUAAAAUGGACUGCUCCCGAAGGACUUGCUUAUAACAAGUUCUCAACAAAAUCCGAUGUGUGGGCCUUUGGUAUAUUGCUAUGGGAAAUAGCAACGUAUGGAAUGUCUCCGUACCCAGGUGUUGACUUGACUGACGUUUAUCACAUGCUAGAAAAAGGCUAUCGCAUGGAAUGCCCACCUGGCUGUCCACCCAAAGUAUAUGACCUCAUGAGGCAGUGCUGGAAGUGGUCUACUUCGGAGCGCCCCUCUUUCAAAGAAAUACAUCAUUCCCUAGAGAAUAUGUUUCAGGAGUCUAGCAUUACAGAGGAGGUAGAAAAGCAGCUGCAGGGAGGAGGUGAGAUCCCGUUACUUUCGUACAAAAAAUCUCAGACUGGAAGUACCGGCAACAUUCAUGGACUGGUUCUUGUGACUGACCAAUUAUCUUCUACCAGUUUGAUUCAAGACAGCGCGUCGGUCAAUAAAUUGAGCACGUUCAUGGGAGGGUUAUCGAGCAAAAGUAAUAGCAAUAUUGUACAAAUGCGUCGUUCUACUAACAAAAAAGGAAAACAGGCUCCGGCGCCACCGAAACGCACCAGCCUGCUGUCAUCCUGUAGUUCUUUUCGUGAUUCGGCGUAUCAAGAACAAGACCAACACAAUGCAGAUAUGGGAACGCUCACGCUCGAUGAUGGCACAGAUCUAAAUGGUAUUGAUAAGAUUUUUGAAGGUAUCACACGAGAUCUUGUGACAAUGGCUACACAGUCAAUUACCACAGGAGGUUGCGAAGCAGACGAUGACGGAGAUGGAUCACAGGGAACGGCCGAGCAUAAUUAUGUUCCUCAGCCGUCUACCUCGCCAGAACCCUUAACCAACGCACAGAGCAAUCAGAAACAAAUAAAAACACGAGCAUACCCAUCUAAGGACACCCUACCACAGAAGCUAGUGCAAGUAGGAGCUCUGGAGGUGCAAAAUGUUAAAAGGGCAAUUAAUCGUUACGGCACUUUGCCAAAAGGUGCGCGGAUCGGAGCAUACUUGGAAUCACUUCGACAGAGUGGAAUUCCCUCGAAUCAGGAAGGAGUAUCUACGCCGGUUGCUCUGUCUGCUUCUGUCGAGCAACAUGAAAUCGCGAAUUCAUUGGACACUCCGCAACAUCGUUCUUUGUCUCCACGCCAAAAUAACUUACGUAACCAGCCACAAAUGACACGAAGCAACUCGUCCAGCGGCGUAGUCAACACUUAUCAACCGCCAAGUUCGCCAAGAAGCAGGGCAGUCACUGCUCGGAAAAAUAAUUCUGAAAACAUUAGCCUGCGGACAUUCCGAGCUCCAAACACAUCCACGUUCAGAACUGCCAGUCCCUCGAGAGCGGUUCAACCGACACUUGCAGAUUUGGAAUUUCCUCCACCACCCCUAGACUUGCCACCGCCUCCUUGUGAUUUGUUCAAUCCCACCAAUCCGUGCGAUUUAUUACCUCCGGUGAAUGCAUCUCCUAGCAGUGAUACCUCGUAUACCAAAAUAUCUGGAUCUCCGAUUGGGAUGAGAAAGGCAAACAGCGAGCGAAAAUCUAAGGAUGAUUCCAACGAAGAUCCUGAUGAGAGAAACAAUGACGUUAGGAAUACAGAACCAUCGGUGAAGGAGGCUAGCUCAAGGUUUGGUGUGAGUCUACGACGCCGGGAACCAUCUGGCGAAGUCGCCUCCAGCAUCACUAAAUCCGGGGAAGACAAGAAAAGUACAUACAAAUCUAAGGAGCCUUCAAAUUUGAAAUUGGACGCUGCUAGCCCGAUUUCUCCUCCGGAAGAAGCACCACCCCCACCGCCACUUCCACCACCUCUACCAACAAAUACAGAUACCGUUGAUACUUUCAUUUCGAAGCCUGGGAUGAAAGAAAUGUUGGAAUUAAAAUUAAUCAACGAAAUAAAACAGAGUGCUGAUAUGAAAUACGGAAAUCCAACCAAAAAAACAAACAAUUCAAACAACUCGACAUCUGCACCAUUAGACCCGGCAUCGCAAUUACUCUCUGAACUGUGUGCUAGCUUUAGCAUUGAUAGCAGCAGACAGAAUCCACAGAAUGAAUAUGCAAGCACUAUUCCUAAAAACAUUGAAACGCCAGGCGCCGUACAUGACAGACUGACAACUUCGCGUAGUUCAACCGAAAAAUAUGGGAGUUAUAAAGACGCUGUUCAUGUGUCCUCCCCUGUAACGGAAGGAAUUUUGAAUUCUGGAAAUGUUGGUUUUAAACUGAAAAAAAUUGAUAAGAGAAGUAACACUCAGAAAGAGGAAGUUGCAGAGGGGCAAAUUAUCGAUUUUAAAGCAAGGCUCAGAAAAGUAGAUAACACCGACAAAUCCGAUGACAAAAAUAAGCGCUCCGAUGAAUUUGGAGGUAGCACAUUAACAGAUUCUGUUGUAGACUCAACUGUCGACGAGCAAAUGGACGACAAACGUCGGAGUACAGGAAGUAUUAGCAGUUUGAAAAAACUAUGGGAAAAUAAAGAAGCCUCCGGGGAUAAUCAACCACUUAGCCCGAAAUUGAGCAGCAAGGGCGCCAGCAGACUGGAUGAUCCCGGUGAAGAUUCGCCAGAGGAUCACAGUGCAGCUUCCACGCGAAGUUCAACGAGUAAAGGUGAUCCAAGGGUCUGGCCCCCCACAGCAUCCUUUGACAUCGAAAAACCUGUUGUUCCCGCUAAACCACCCAAACCUUUAGUAUCCACUAGCAAACACUUUGGUUCGUCCAUUUACGCAACUCCAAAUUGCAACAAAUUUUCAUUACCGUCGGAGGAAGAGACGUGCAAGCCAACCAACGACACAAAAGGUACGAAACAUAAUGUAAUGGAGAUUUCAAAUACAAUUGAAUCUAGUAUUCUUAAUCUAAAAGGUAACCCUACUAUUGUAAUGGCCAAUUGGCUGCAGCUUUCCGAUAAAGUUGGACUCCUUCAUGGCAAAUGUGCAAAUCUAACUGAUAUUGUUAUAGCGCCACAAGCAAGGUUUCAAUUUCGUGACUUGCUCAGUCGGCUAGAAUUACAAGCCAGGCAGUUGAGAGCUGCUGGUACAAGAAACGUUACUGAGAAUUCAAGACUUCUGAGUGAAGUUCAGAAUACAAUAAAAGAUGUAGUAAACACAGUGCAAAGAUAAAGAUAUUGAUAGCAAAGAAAUCAAAUUCAUCAUUUAACUAUGUCUUGCAGCGGUUCAUUCAUCAUUUUCGUGAGGUCAACAAAGAGAAAGAAAAGAAAAAAAAAAGAGAAGGCUAUUGAAUUGAUUGACUUGACGACGUAUCUAAGUCACUAGUAAGGUCCAAGUGGACAAAUUUUUCUCCUGGUAUGCAGACAUCGCGUUUUUUGCGACAUCGAAUAAAACUAAUGUCAAUAAGUCUUACGAAUAAUAAUUUUACAACAAUCCAUAAUCAUUUAUACCAAGUAUUUUUCUUCAGAUGAGGAAAUGGAAAUGUCUCCAAAUUCCAAAUUGAAAGAUUGAGUAUAAUAAAUUUCGUAUCCAGCAUUUGAGAUGAAUCACUAUUUAUAUUCGUUCCUAUUUACUUCCGCCUGGUGUUUUAAUACAGUUGUGAUUAAUUAACUCAUCCAAGUGACCCUCCAAUGAGAAAUUAUUUUUAUGAGAUAUAUUUGUUUCGCCAUUUAUUUAGAUACGAUUUGAAAUUAUUAUUAUUAUUUUUGAAAUUCAUACCUGAGUGUGAGAGAGUGGCGUUGGCAUAUUCUGUGUGGUCCGAAUCUUAUACACAGCAUGCAAGCCCUGCCGACUAAUGGUGACCGCCUGGAAAGGCCACCACUCAUUCUAGUAGAUAGAUCUAGGAAACACACAGACGGGAUGUUAAUAAGCAUAAUUCGGACCAAAGCCAUUGAAUACUGCUAGGUAAUAAUUAUAUUCUUAAGUUGCCUAUCUAUCGUACACAAUCCCAUUUUACAUGUACUUUUAUACACAUACAUGAAUAUCGCUUAGAAUACUAUAUGCGAGAUUGUAGAGAUUAGAUUAUAAAGACGGAAGUUACUGUUAAGUCAUUUUAUGUGUAACGUGGGACAAUAUAACACUUUUGUAUUUGUAUAGAACAAUUGUACAAGUAUAAUGGCUAUAUUAAUUAUCUGAAAAUCAGUUUAAAUAUGAUUAUACAGGAUCUUAGUGUUAUGUGCUGCAAUUUUCAUCAGGGGAAUAGAAACAAAAUAAUUAAUGUUCUUCCAAAUUAUGAAGAGAAUUAUUGUCUCAAAUUUAUAAGACAUUAUGCGUUUUAUUACACUGCCUAUAUUGCGCAAUCUGGGUGAUGAUAAAUUGAUCUAAUACCGUUGCGUUUUUUUUUUUUUUUUUAAUGACAAUGAUGGUUUCAACUCGGUAGUCCAGUUCAAUCAUAUUAUUUAUACCUGUGAUAAACUUACCCCAUCUGUUUUUAACUUUUUUUUCUUCAUUUCUACCAUGAAGUAUUCUUGUGCUCAACUUAUUCAAAAAUAUACUUUUAAAUAAUAUUCCCAAGUCAUUGAAACUACAUUUGGAAGAAAAAUUGUAUUAUUGAAAGAGACAUGAGAAUCAAUGUUUUAUAUAAUAUGUAUUAUAGUAAAUUUAUCAUUAUUUAUACCUAUAUUUAUUUUAUAAUUUUUCAUAAAAUUAUCCCUGUGAAAAAAAAAAUUGAAAAAAAUUGACCAACAAACUGAUCCACCGACAGACACUUAGAAAAUUUUAAUAAUGCUUUAUACAUUGACAUAAGAUUGAGAAUAAAAAUAAAUACCAAA